GUGGUUAAUGCUUACUGGAGAAGCGAACCAUUUCAAACGAUUCAGUUCGAUUCGGUGAACUGGUUCAAGAACAUGCAGUUAGAUUGAGUGAUUUGUUCGCGAACUGGAUAUUACUACACUGCAGUGUUUUGAACUCUCUCACAACAGAUACGGAAGUGAAGACAAUGCUGAAUAAAGUUGUAGUUUUUGCUAUUUUUGGACCAAAAUGGGUUUCUGAUGCUUCAUAGGGUCCGUUAGAAUUUUUUGAUGUUACAUGGACUACUUUGAAGAUGUUUUUAUUACCUUUCUGGACAUGGACAAUAUACCGUACACACAGUUUUAAUGGAGGGACUGAGAGCUCUCGGACUAAAUCAAAAAUAUCUUAAACUGUGUUCCGAAGAUGAAUGGAGUUCUUACGGCUUUGGAACGAUAUAAGGGGGAGUCAUAAAUGACAUAAUUUUCCUUUUUGGCUGAACUAACCCUUUAAAUGAGUCAGGCAGCAAAAGUUUUGGGAGACAGUUGAUUGGGUGGUUUAAUUUGUCCCAUCAGGACAUAGGUUGCAGGUAGGUGUGUUGUUCGAAGGGUUAAGUUUUUUUUUUUUUUUUCUCUGGUGUGAAACAGGCAAAAUACAAUAGUCAGACAGCUCAAACACAUACAGUUUUAAGUUAAAUAAUGCCAGACACUGCAGUGUACUUCAUUGGGCAGUUGCUGUCAGUUUUCUUUUCACUUUUCUCUUGUUUCAUAAUAUACUCUGUAUAUGCCCAGUGGCAUGUUGGCUAGACACCCAUGAUGUGUCAAAGUCAGUAAUGUUUCCAAAAACACUAAAUAAUCUUGAGGCGCCUGUGGACAAACUUGACAAUUUACUGUGCUUGCCGAUUGUAGUUUGUACAAAUCCUAGUGAGGCCAAAUUGAACAUCCAAUAAAAUGUUUUCCAGCCAUAUUAGUAUAUUUAAACCUUUGGCCUGUGGGUGCUCAUACCAAUACAAAUUAGCAAGGAAUUUAGGAACUUCAGAACAUGUUACAACAGGCUGCACGCACUCAAACUGCAUCAGUCGGGGUCAGAUUAUGGGAGGCAAUUGAUUCUGGAUCAGGCAAAACAUCUUGCAUGUAGUCCCAGACAGAGGAAGCUUUACAAAACUGUUGUGUAAAUAUAUUUCUAUUUUAUUGUCAUAAAAUAGAGAUAUAUAUCUAUUGAAGAAUCUGUGUACCAAGAUUCCACAGGCCCAUACUAACUGUCCUUAAUUUCUCUCCUACAGCAGUACUGCUAUGCCAGUCCUGUCUGCACUCUCUUAAGGGUGCAGCAACUCGUCCUGUGUAGGUUAUGGUCAACAAAAAGCAGCGUGUUUAUCAGAUAAAUCAAGACCGUAGUUAGUAGUUUUGCUCUGGUGUGUGGCCAGAGGGUCUUUCAGGGGAAUACAAAAUGGUGUCAUUAAAUAUUUUUCUUGCUUUUAUGAAGUUAUAUAUGGUUUCAAAGCCUCAUCAAGGACAAAUUGUCUCUUCUCAACUUCAUGUCCUCCUUUCUCAUUUGAACUUUUCAUGCCAAUUCAUCGUAGAUAUAUUUUUUUAAUUAAACCAGAUGUACAAGUAUGCACGUCUGUGCAUUUUAAGUUCUUAACUUGUUUCUGAUUUAAAUUGAAAUAUUAUAUUAGAAUUCCCCAUCAGUGUUCAGUGUCUCUGGCUGCAACACGUAUAGUACAAUACAUUUUACAAUUUUGCAUAGUGGUUUUUCCCCUAUUUGUUUUUAAAUGAUUUACAAGAGCAGAACAGGUGGUAUGCUAUUGUGUGUGUGAGUUCAAACCCUUUUCCAAAGUGUUACUAAUGGUAAAGAGAAAUUUUCUAGGCUUCUUUUCUGCCGGUUGAAGUCUGACUGCAGAGGGACCCUUGGCACUGAAAGUGGGGCAAAACACCGGACCCCAAGAUGCAGGUCAGGACAUACAUGGAUGUUAUGAAGGAGCAACAUCUGUCCAAAGAAGAGAGAGAAAUCAGGCUGCAGAUGCUAGAGAAAGCAAAAUCUGGAGAGCUGAAAGCAGUGAAUGGCUCUGCUGCAUCUCAGGCUGCUGCGGCCAAACGCAAACGACGCUGGGACCAGACAGCUGACCACACCCCCAGCAACACCACACCCAAAAAAGUGUCCAGUUGGGACCAGGCAGAUGGAGGUUCUGAUACUCCAGGACACACACCUUCCAACAGUCGCUGGGAUGAGACACCUGGCCGUGCCAAAGGUAGCGAGACCCCGGGAGCCACUCCAAGCACCCGUAUGUGGGAGCCCACACCAAGCCACACCCCAGCUGGAGCUGCCACACCGGGUCGAGACACCCCUGGACAUGCUACUCCCGGCCAUGGAGGGGCCACUUCCAGUGUGCGCAAGAACCGCUGGGAUGAGACACCAAAGACAGAGAGAGAGACACCUGGCCAUGGCAGUGGCUGGGCCGAGACUCCACGUACAGAUAGAGGAGAUGAGUCAGUGGGUGAGACGCCCACCCCAGGUGCAAGCAAAAGGAAGUCAAGAUGGGAUGAAACACCAGUCAGUCAGAUGGGCUCUUCAACUCCUCUGCUCACCCCUGGAAAAACCCCUCUUGGCACACCUGCUAUGAAUAUGGCCACACCCACCCCAGGUCACCUGAUGAGCAUGACCCCAGAACAGCUGCAGGCCUGGCGUUGGGAACGAGAGAUUGAUGAGAGGAAUCGCCCAUUGACUGAUGAUGAACUUGAUGCCAUGUUUCCAGAAGGAUACAAAGUACUGCCUCCACCAGCAGGCUAUGUGCCCAUUCGCACCCCAGCCCGUAAGUUAGCUGCAACCCCCACGCCCAUCGGAGGCAUGACUGGCUUCCACAUGCAAACAGAGGACAGAUCUAUGAAACAAGUCAACGAUCAGCCCUCUGGAAACCUGCCCUUCCUCAAGCCAGAUGACAUCCAGUACUUUGAUAAACUUCUGGUUGAAGUUGACGAGUCCACCCUCAGUCCAGAAGAACAGAAGGAACGCAAGAUCAUGAAGCUGCUCCUGAAGAUCAAGAAUGGAACGCCUCCCAUGAGAAAGGCUGCUCUUCGUCAAAUCACUGAUAAAGCCCGAGAGUUUGGUGCAGGACCCCUUUUUAACCAGAUCCUGCCAUUGCUGAUGUCUCCAACACUGGAGGACCAGGAGCGUCAUCUCUUGGUCAAAGUCAUUGAUCGUAUCCUGUACAAACUUGAUGACUUGGUUCGACCAUAUGUACACAAGAUUCUUGUGGUGAUUGAGCCCUUGCUGAUUGAUGAAGAUUACUAUGCUAGAGUAGAGGGUAGAGAGAUCAUCUCCAACUUGGCAAAGGCUGCUGGUCUGGCCACUAUGAUCUCCACUAUGAGGCCUGACAUUGACAACAUGGACGAGUAUGUGAGAAACACGACCGCUCGUGCUUUCGCCGUCGUGGCGUCUGCUCUGGGCAUUCCAUCUCUCCUGCCUUUCCUCAAGGCUGUUUGCAAGAGCAAGAAAUCCUGGCAGGCUCGUCACACGGGUAUCAAGAUCGUACAGCAGAUCGCUAUUCUCAUGGGCUGUGCUAUCCUGCCCCAUCUCCGCAGCUUGGUGGAGAUUAUAGAGCAUGGUCUCGUGGAUGAGCAGCAGAAAGUGCGAACCAUCAGCGCUCUGGCUAUCGCUGCCCUGGCUGAAGCUGCUACACCAUACGGUAUUGAGUCUUUUGAUUCUGUGCUGAAACCUCUUUGGAAAGGUAUCAGGCAACACAGAGGCAAGGGUCUUGCUGCCUUUUUGAAAGCCAUUGGAUAUUUGAUUCCUCUUAUGGAUGCUGAAUAUGCCAACUAUUACACCAGAGAAGUGAUGCUUAUCCUCAUUCGAGAGUUCCAGUCUCCCGACGAGGAGAUGAAGAAGAUUGUCCUCAAGGUGGUGAAGCAGUGCUGUGGCACAGAUGGUGUGGAAGCGAAUUACAUUAAAACAGAGAUUUUGCCCCCCUUCUUUAAACAUUUCUGGCAGCACCGAAUGGCAUUGGAUAGGCGCAACUACAGACAGUUAGUGGACACUACAGUGGAGCUGGCUAAUAAGGUGGGGGCAGCUGAGAUUAUUUCCCGUAUCGUGGAUGACCUGAAGGAUGAAGCUGAACAGUACAGAAAAAUGGUCAUGGAGACCAUUGAGAAAAUCAUGGGCAACCUUGGUGCAGCUGACAUUGAUCACAAACUGGAGGAGCAGCUUAUUGACGGUAUCCUGUACGCCUUCCAGGAACAGACCACUGAGGACUCUGUGAUGCUAAACGGCUUCGGUACGGUGGUAAAUGCACUGGGCAAGAGAGUUAAACCGUACUUGCCUCAGAUCUGCGGUACAGUGCUGUGGCGUCUGAACAAUAAAUCCGCCAAAGUCCGUCAACAGGCUGCUGACCUGAUUUCUCGUACAGCGGUGGUCAUGAAGACAUGCCAAGAGGAAAAGCUCAUGGGCCAUCUGGGUGUAGUUUUAUAUGAGUAUCUGGGAGAAGAAUACCCCGAAGUGCUCGGUAGCAUUCUUGGAGCCCUUAAAGCUAUUGUCAAUGUUAUUGGUAUGCACAAGAUGACGCCGCCUAUCAAGGACUUGCUUCCACGUUUGACUCCCAUCUUGAAGAACAGACAUGAGAAGGUGCAAGAGAACUGCAUUGAUCUAGUGGGCAGAAUCGCUGACAGGGGUGCAGAGUAUGUGUCUGCCAGGGAAUGGAUGCGCAUCUGUUUUGAAUUGUUGGAGUUGUUGAAAGCCCACAAGAAGGCCAUCCGCAGAGCUACUGUCAAUACCUUCGGUUACAUUGCCAAGGCCAUUGGUCCUCACGAUGUGCUGGCAACGUUGCUCAACAAUCUGAAGGUGCAGGAGCGUCAGAACCGUGUGUGCACAACGGUAGCCAUCGCUAUCGUGGCUGAGACGUGUUCGCCUUUCACUGUGCUUCCUGCGUUGAUGAACGAGUACCGUGUUCCCGAGCUAAAUGUUCAGAACGGUGUCCUAAAGUCUCUGUCCUUUCUGUUCGAGUACAUUGGUGAAAUGGGCAAAGAUUAUAUCUACGCUGUCACUCCUUUGUUGGAGGAUGCUCUGAUGGACCGGGAUCUUGUACACAGGCAGACAGCCAGUGCUGUGGUGCAGCAUAUGUCUCUGGGAGUUUAUGGCUUUGGCUGUGAAGAUUCUCUCAAUCAUUUGCUCAACUAUGUUUGGCCAAAUGUCUUCGAAACGUCUCCUCAUGUUAUCCAAGCCGUCAUGGGGGCCCUCGAGGGUCUGCGGGUGGCAAUUGGACCCUGCCGCAUGCUGCAGUAUUGCUUGCAGGGUUUGUUCCAUCCUGCACGCAAAGUGCGUGAUGUGUACUGGAAGAUCUACAACUCCAUCUAUAUUGGCUCCCAGGAUGCACUGAUCGCACAUUAUCCUCUUGUCUACAAUGAUGAGAAGAACUCAUACGUUCGCUAUGAGCUGGAGUACUUCCUGUGAAUAUAAUUACCCUUACAUGUGCACUCUCUUCUCCUGUAUCUGUGUCUAAUUCAUGAUUUAUAGGUCUUUUUUAUGUUCUCUGGUAGAUUACAAGAAGUACCACAAAUUAUGUGGUCUAAAAUUCAUUUCUUAUGAAAGAACAGAAAAAUAUCCAAAAAAAGAAUGUCAAAUGUGACACCUUUAGGUCUUUGGAUUAGAUUUUUUUGUUGUUUUUAUGGAGUGGCACCAUACACAGUGACCGUAAAUAUCGUAGCAGAGUUUCUGAGGAAUGUGAUUUAUCUUCAGUAAGUCUUUUAACUUGAGACUUGUGUCUUGGUCUGUCAAGCUCGCUCUUGCUCAGUCACACAUCUGUUCUUAUUAUAAUGUUGCUUAGUUUGGCUGAAUAAAAGUUUUGUGUAUUAAAGGAC